CUUCCCUCAAUACCCAAACAUUUGCAGUCGACGCGAGAGGAAGAUGCUGAGGCGGCAGUAAGCCGACUUCUGCGCUCCUCUUCAGCGCGUUUUCCUGUCGAAUCAGGUUCGAAUUAUGCAUCACUUCCACCUCUCCCUCAUCCCAUUAACAAUGUUCUUCCGGCGCCGGCUGCAUCUACAGCGACCCUCAAUAGCGUUUCUCAGCGCCACUCUUAUACAGUAACCGUACACGGUCGCACAGUCCACAGCCGCACCGAGUUCCCGAAUGCAUACCCUCCUAUGGACAGUCUUGCAACUCCGAAACGGAAUUUAAAUGACUCUGCACGACGCCGCGCUAAAAGCGUACCCAUCACGCCCCGCGAUCAGAACCGUCUUCUUCGUCUUCGCCAGGACCCAUCUGUCGCUAGCUUGCUCAAUGUUUAUGAUGAGAAUGGAUGCCUAGACUCUCACGUAUUCUCCAAUACCCCACCCGUCGCAGGAGGCAAGGGACCUCUGCGAAGACGUCGCACUGGCUCAACCUUCCGACAACUAUUGGCCAACCCAUCUAGCCCCGAGCUCUGUGACAACAGCGACAUUGAAUGGGCUGAGAGUGUCCUGUGUGAAACAGAUAAUAAUUCUUGUGCAUCUUCUUCUGAACUUAAAACACCUCGCGAUCCCCUUUUCAUGUCCUCCCACUUCAACCACGCUGACCACAGCAUCACACUCUCUACUGAAUGCGACACCUCUGCACCAAAUCAACCCACAUUCUCCUCUCUUGAUGUAGAGCUCAGCGCCUCCACUGAAAUCACGCGCAACGUCUACGUCAAUUCACCUUAUGGGAAUCCAAUGUCUCACCAACGUGCCUCGCAGAUAUUUGGGUUUCUUGCUGACAAGAAAAAGAUUUCUGAAGAGCGCCCCUCGAGGCUGCCGACACGAAAAGUCACUCCUCCCCUGCACAUCAUGUUGGAUCUGGUAUCCAGCGACGUUCAACCACCUCUCAGCGAUACCCAAUUACCUGAAUCCACCUAUGCCAAAGUUGCUUCACCGCUCGUAUUUCCCUCUUCGCAAUCUAUGCAAGCUGCACCAACUCUAAACGCGGAGCUACCGCAUCAUGUUGUACACUCAGAAUCUGAACCUGUCAUCAUCAACCAUACUGGCCGGACCAGUAGCAGUGGACAAAGUAGUCGAGGUCCUCACGGUCCACGUGCUUCUACCCAGAUACCCUCGCGAUCUAGGUCGAAUCCCAGUCCGUGGCUGCAGGAUGAUUUGCCACCUUUAUCAGACAUCAAGGCUGAAGGCACUCCUUCCAGACCUGCCUUCGGAGAAAAAUCAAAUGCGGAUGUUAGAUACCCAGGUUUCGCUACCACCACCAGUGGAGACGGAGCCUUUUUCAUCCCUGCAUCCUCUCGUCCGCGCUCAUCUCAGCGUUCCAAAAUUAUUGACCUCAAUGACGAUAGCCAAACCCCCAUCUUUGCACGCAGCAGCUCGUCACUUCAUGUUUUCGCAAGCGUGCCAUCUCUUGCAAAGGAUAAAUCUCAAGUCGAAGCUUUUUCAUCUGCUCACAUGCCUCCGCGCGAUAAAGAGAAUAACAUGGCAUCUCAGCUUCCCCAACCAAAGACACCCCUGCGACCCCUUGGUUUCCGUUCACCGCACUUGCAGGACAAACCCUCACCUGCGUCGUCCUCUGAGUUGUCCCCCACGGGGAAGCAGAUUAUGACAAAUCUACGACACCAACGGAUGCAAGCACGUCAGAAGGAACGGCAGACGGGCCGCUUGGGAAGCAGUCACAGUCGUAUUCGGUAUUGAUGAGUUUUUGUUUUGUUUUGCAUCGUGCUAUCUUUGUUUUUCAAAGCUUUGAUAUGGUUUCGCCUUUAUCUGGACUCUGUAGUGGUCAUGAUAUACCUCGUUAUGAAUCUCUGAAUCUCACAAGAAUCAAGUAUACAAGU